AUGGUGUCUGCUAAGACUUCGAGUAAAUCGAAAUCAUCAUCACAAAAUAAUAAUUCACCCAAAAAAUCUAAUACAAAAAAUACGAAUCAACGAAAUGGUAAAUCAUCACGACGUCCAAAUUAUCAACGAAUGGUUACCGAAGCACUUAAAGAACUUGAUUCACGUAAAGGUUCAACUCGAUCAAAAAUUUUAAAUCAUAUGAAAAAUACUUAUGGAAUCGAAAGUGGUAAAAAUGCUAAUAGUCAUCUUCGUUCUGCACUUGAAGCACUACUUGAAGAAAGUACUAUUAUACUUGCUCAAGGUACUGGAUAUAGUAAUGCUUAUUACAGAAUAACGCCUAAAGGAAGAAAACAAAAUGAGAAAAGAUCAUCAUCUUCAAAAAAAAAUCAACAAGAAUCAUCAUCGCAAAAUCAAAAUGAUGGUCGUCGUAAAAAAUCUGGUAAUACAUCUUCGUCUCGUUCACAAUCAAGAUCUGGAAAACAAAAUCAAACUGAUGGUCGAGGUCGAGGUCAAAGUCGUGUCGGUUCAAAAGGUCGACCAAAAUCUUCAAAUAAAAAACAAGAAAAUAAUGUCGAUCGUCGUAAAUCAAAUAAAUCAUCACAAAAUCGAUCACGAUCAUCAUCUAAAAGUGGAAAAAGUGAUGGUCGAAAAUACAAUCAAUCACGUUCACCAAGCAAAGCAAAAUCUGGUGGUCGUCAAAAAAAGAAUUCAUCAAAUCAAAAUAAAUCUCGUCAAUCAACUUCUCGUUCACCAAAUAAAACAAAAAGUAAGAAGAAAAAUCAACAACAAGAAAGUGAUAAUCAAGAAUCAGAAUAUGAACAAGAACAAGAACAAUCACAACAACGUGGACGACCUAAAAGUGGUCGAAAACGACAAGCAUUACAAGAAGUUGAUGAUAAUCAAGAAUUAGAAAAUGAAGGCAAACAAAAACGAUCCAUGUCUUCAAAGAAAAAAUCAACAAGAAAUAAUAAUGAUGAUGGUAACUCAACACCAACAAAACGAGCUCGAAGUUCUACUGGUGGUUAUAACAAAAAGGCAAACAAAUGA